AUGUCUAUGCAACAUCCGUCUUCAUCUUGUAGUUGCAAUGAGUGUCGAAAGCAAAUUCACUGUGUGAGCUCUCAUGGAUAUGGUGGGUGGAGCAGGAAGGAGGCGUCACUGAGUUGCCAUUGUGGAGAGAAGUGUGUGCUGAGGACUGCAAAAACCACUAAGAAUCGAGGGAGACAAUUCUGGGGUUGCCCUAGGUAUAAGGUUGGAUCUGAAACUGUUGGAUGCAACUACUUCAGAUGGUUAGCUGAUUGCGGUCAUGACGAAAGUGUUAGCUGUGAGGUGUUGGAAGCAAAUGAUCAGAGGUUGGUGAAGAAUUUUGAAAAUGAAAGUGAUAACAAGAUAGUUGGACGAAAGGUGGAGGAAAAGUUUGUAGCUGUGCAGAAAGCCGUGAUGGGUGUUGAAAGGUGGACAAAAAUUUUGGUCCAUGUUGUUAGUGUUUUAUGUGUAAUGAACAUCAUUGUAAUUGCAAUGUUCUUGGGAAGGACAUGA